AGUAAAUGAUGCGCGGCGUGUGUACAGGACCCCCCGUCUCCGCAGCCUCUGACGCGCAGCCCCACGGUUAAAGGGCUGUAGCGUGCGAGCAGAUGGUUCUUGUUUGAAAGCGAAGCGAUGCAUCUGUCUGGGAGGAAGCUCUUCCCUGUCUAGCCCAACGCAAACUCUAGUCACCCUGCGCUCACCGCGAACUGGGGCAGGCCUGCUGCUCGCUGGUUUCUGAAAACAGAUUCUGUAUUGCAGUAUGGAAGAUUAAGUUGAGCAUGGUACGGAGCUUCUGCAACAGGCCAUUGCAGGAAUAAUAGAAAUUUUUUACAUAUCGGCGUGAGAUAGCUAAGUACCAUUAGUUUAUAUAUCAGAAACUUGAUAAACAAAGAGGUUGCAUGGCAUUGGGUUUUUGUCCCUCUUCAGAAGUUGAGGAUAUUUUUUUUGUUUUUUUUACACCAGAAUUUGAGGUCUUGAGUGUCCAGACUAGGGUGACGGAAGAAGUAGCAAAUGGAUGGUAUUUGUAAUAAUCAAGAAUGAAAGCUGAAUGACUGAGAGGGGAAGGAUGUCUUAGUCAAGGCUUGCCUACAGUGGCAAGUUACUGCAAUGUAACUUUCUGCUUAGGGAUGUGAACUCCGCCCUCCCCCCACCACACGCACCAAGUUACAGUGCUGUAAAGUACCAGUGUGGAUAGUGCUGCCCUGCUUUCAGCACUAUUAGCGUCUCCCUUCUUUGAGGUAGUUUACUUAAAGUGCUGAACAAGUGUUCUCCUAGCACUUUUGCUGUGACUGCACUGUGUUAAAACAGUUAAAGUGAAGACAAACUCUGAUUGUUUAAAACUCCAAUUUUGAAUAAUUAACAUUAAUGUCUAAUCAGUCAUGCAUUCUUUUCACAAAUUGUUAAUGGUUCUACACCCAAACCCGUCAGUGAAGGUGUAAGAUGUCACAAUACACCUAUCUGAGGGAAUGUCUACACCUAAAAGUAGACAAAACAAAAAUUGUUCACAGUUGCUCCCUGUUUUGACAGAUCAAGUCCACAUUGGGGACACCAUCAUCGACAGUGUGAGCAAUGCGCUGUGGGGAGGCAAACAAGCAGCAUGUGCGAUGUCAGAAGUGUUUAGAGUUUGGACAUUGGACCUAUGAAUGUACAGGAAAAAGAAAAUAUCUGCACAGACCAUCCAGGACAGUGGAAUUAGCAAAAGCUCUGAAAGAAAGAGAAAACAGACUGUUAUUGCAACAAAGAACUGGAGAAAGUACUGCAGAAAGGAAGACCAAGAAAAAAAGGUCUAAAAGCGUGACUAGUUCCAGCAGCAAUAGCAGCAUCAGUUCAGCUAGUGAUUCUUCAUCUGAGAGUGAAGAUUCCUCUACCUCCUCUUCUUCUUCUGAUAGCGACAGUGAUGAAAGCUCCUCCACUUCCUCAUCUUCCCUAUCUUCAAAUAGUUCUUCUUCUUCCUCUGACUUCGAGUCAGAUUCUAGUUCCUCCAGUAGCAGCAGCACGAGCACAGACAGCAGCUCCGAUGAUGAGCCACCGAAGAAAAGGAAGAAGAAAUAGUGUGCUACCAUCUUUGGUGACAAUGUAGGACUGAUAUUAAUGAAUGAUAAUGUCAUUCUCUAAGGAGGUUUUGAAUAUAUUAUUGCCAAAUAGUUAACUGGUUAACAUUUCUACAGUUUAAAACUUUCUAAAUGUUUUACAUAUUUGUUCAUAAGACAUAAAAAGGUAUUACAUGGCACGUGAGACUUAUUGAAAAAUUUUUUUGUGGUUAAUCCUUUAAUGGGAAUUUUUCUUUUUCGUUUAAAAAUCUGUCAUCAGAUUUGUUUAUAUGAGCUAAAGUUCAGUAACCCUAAUGUUUACAUGCCAGAGAGCAAAACCUUCUUGUUUGAGAUUGUGCUGUAUAUAGCAUAUACUGACCCUCUGUUCACAGCAACUUCAUGUAUGUUUUAGAAAAUCCUGUAAACUAGUUAGAGAGGAAGAGGAAUAAGAGGAAUACCAUUGGCUCCAUAGUACGUAAAUAGCAUUAGCAUUAUCUGGCUAAACUGAAUGCACAAUAUUGCUCAGAGGAGCAAUAUUAUACUUUGCUGCUGAGCUUUUCUCAAAUGGCUUUUCUGAGAUUUCCAGGUCAAAGAUUUAAUUGCACCAUAAAACUUAUUAGUGCUAAUUUGUUAAGAUCCAUAUGCUAUUUGUACUGUACAAAGGCUUUAGCUAGUCUUUUCAACUUUGCCUGUUUCCUGAGCUCAUGGAACCAUAACAAUCUGAGACAAAGAAUGUAUCUUGCAACAACAGCAUUGGAAUAAAAUGAGGUUAUGGGUAGGGGCUCGGGGGAUGGAUCAAUAACAGGUGCUGCUUAAGAGUUUUCAUCUUCGUGCCUUUUUUAUAAAAUUAAAUGCAUCCUAAAAAGAAUGGGGCCAUAGUGGCUUCCUGCCCUCCCUCCCCCCCAGAACUCAUUUAGCUUUCCACACAGAAAAUGAGUCAAACUUGGAGAAAUGGUGGUAACAUAAAUAAAAUUGAGGCAUUAUUUUCAAAGCAAGGGCAAAAAGUUAUUUUUGUUGGAAGAUUGGUAAGAAAAAAUGAGUCACCUUUAAAUAUAAUUCUCAAAAGGAAGAUAUUUCCCUUUUGCUAUUUUUGCAAAACUAUUGUGUAGUGUAAGAUUGCCAAUGUACGUUUGUUGGGCACAUGGUAGCUGGCAUUAUAGUCUACAGUAGAAAAUGAUUAUUUGGCUUAGGUCAUUAUUUUUACAUAAGUUUGUGCACAUUUGUGAAAGAACUAGAAGAGGCAUAUUAGCCAAAAAACCCAGCAAGCAAACAUCACAGCCCCUGCAUAUUGCAAGACCUCUCUUGCAAGUUGUUAAAUAGAACUAAUUUGCUGUUGUGGUGAAUUUAAGCAGACAGCAUUAGUCAUUUAAUUUUGUGAUAUAGUUUCCUUUUCAACUUCUUGUUGAUGGAGUUCCCUUUUUUUGGGAGGGGGCAUCAUAUGUGAAAGAAAAUUCUUAAGUAUCCUGGUUUAGGUAAAAAUAGUAAUUAAACUAUUUUUUAUAUUUUUAUGGGAAAAGCAGUGUGUAGAAUUACUUUUGAAUAAAAUGUGCUUCUAUUUAAAUGUUUGAAAAUAUGUACGUUGUGCGUUUUAGUCUGUAAUCAUUACUGAAUUUUACAGAACACGCUGAAGACUGUAAAUAAAACUACCAGGAAAUUGUUUGUCAUCUUAGAGAAUGUACCAUUCAAUGGGAAAAAGUUAAUAAAUGAUUAAACACUUAA